AUGGCUUCCUUCUACCUGUUCUUGAUCUACUUCUUGAUGUUCAGAAAAACCAGUGGAAAAAACUGUAAUCAAUAUUUUUGUGGAAGCCAACCUGUUCGAUUCCCUUUCCAGCUAAAAAAUCAAACAACUGACUGUGGGUAUCUCGGUUUCGACCUCUUCUGCAACUUUAAUGGAGAAAGCAUUCUUAAUCUCCCUUACUCAGGAGACUUCAUUGUAAAAAGUAUUGAUUACGCAAACCAAACUCUAAAAAUCAACGAUCCCAAUGGCUGCAUCACCAAGCACUUCCUCAACUCCUUUAACCUCUCCGCCACUCCAUUCCAUCCAUUAACGACGCUACCCCUCACCUUCCUCAACUGCUCAUCAAGUAAUAUUUCGUUUGACCCGUUCGUGGAGUCAACAACGGUUGGUUGUCUCAGCAAUGAUAAUUACACUGUUGUGGUUUUACGCAGCUUUGAUUAUGAGUUUGCGAGCGAGAUGAAUCCGAACAUGCCAUGUGAGAAGAUUUCUACUGUUACUGCUCCAGUUUCUUGGUCGUUUGGAUCGGAUUUAAGUGAUGGUGUUAGAUUAAUUUGGUUUGAACCUUCCUGUGGAGCCUGUGAGUAUCAAGGAGGGAGCUGUCACUUAGUCAGCCACACUGACCUAACGUAUCUUUGCUCCCUUCCUAACAAACAUGGUCUUUCAAAGCCGGCUUCACUGGUUUUAAUGUGUAUAGGAGUGCCAGUUUUUAUCUUGCUGGCAAUUAUAGUUCGCAUAUGGCAGAAGUUGGGGGGUAACAAAGAUGAAGGUGAGGCUCCACAGACAGUGACAGAACCGCCAUUGCCGCCGGUCAGCCAUCAAGAACCGGUUGUUCUUCCUAGGGGUUUAGAUGAAGGGAGGAUUGCAGCAUAUCCGAAAAUGGUGAUUGGAGAGAGUGGGAAAGUAGCCGAGAAUUUUGAGAGCAACUGCCCGAUAUGUCUAUGUGAUUAUAAGCCAAAGGAGACUCUGAAGAUUAUACCUGACUGCACCCAUUACUUUCAUGUCGAUUGCAUAGAUGCUUGGCUUAGGGUUAACGCUUCAUGCCCUGUCUGUCGCAAUUCACAAACAACUUCGUUCAUCGUCUAG